UCAAAGAUGACCUCUUAAAGUGUCCAAAAUUCUGUAUGUGCUGUAGAUCCUUUCGGCAGACUCAUCGGAGUCCCUCUUCCAGCCAGUGCCAACACCACCGAGGAGGUUCAGGGAAGAUGUUCUUUGUUGCGGGAAACAAGGCUGGACAAGGCUCAGGAAGUGAUAAAAAGAGCAUCUAUCAGAAGUUUCGCGGCUAUGAGCUGAUGGACAAGCGGCGGACGGAGACGGCUCUGAAGGCGGGCGAGGACAGGGCCAUCUUCCUGGGCCUCAGCAUGAUGCUGUGCUCCGUCAUGAUGUACUUCCUGCUUGGCAUCACAAUGGUGCGCUCGUACGCAGAGAGCGUGUGGACAGAGGAGACGGUAUGUACCGUGCUGAACUCCACCAUCAUGGCUGACAUCAACUGCUCCUACAACUGCGGUGUGGACUGCUGGCGCAGCUCAAAGUUCCCCUGCCUGCAGGUGUACGUCAGCGUCAACGCCUCAGACCGAGUGGCCCUGCUGUCCCACAACGAGGACGUGCUUGAGAAGAACUCUGAGUGCUUCUACGUGCCAAAGUGCCAGAAGGAGCAGACGGUGAUGCACACGCUCAUCGUGGACAUCGGCGAGCGGCUGCGGGCACAGCAGCAGGUGCCGUGCUUCCACGACCCAUUGGAACGCCAGGAGGCGGUUCUGCUGACCCAGCUGUACGGCCGCGCCGCCGUCUUCCAGUCGCUCUUCUGGCCCUCCUGCAUGCUGGCGGGGGGCCUGCUCAUCAUCCUCAUGGUGAAGCUCACACAGUACCUCUCCAUCCUGUGCGAGCAAAUUGGCAAGAUCAGCAAGUAAAGACAGGCAGGGCAGGCACAAUGGACAGGAGCAGUGGCACUGGCAGAGGUGCAGAAGGCCACUAGGCAGUGCUGUACAAAGGGGAAAGACAGUCUUUUAAGGCUAUUUUCAUUUCCCUUUGUGAUACAGAGGGCUGGUGUAUCCCCUGUUGGCAUAGGAAUUGUAUAUGUCUGGUUUAACAGGGACUCAACAACAUACUACCUCCAGGUUUUGUUAAGAAUUUUUAAAUUUGCUGAAUUUGAACAUAAUAUGUGGGGAAAUUAAAUGAACCACAUUUGGCACAUAGUAUACACAAGAAUUAAAGAUAAUUUAGAGACAAAUAUGCUGAAUUUUAACAUUUAUGGGAAAUUAAAUAAACCACAUUUGGCACCAGGCAGCACUAACCAGUUAAAGGAACCGUAUGUAAGAAAUUCAAUUCAAUUAAUCAUAAAAUGGCCCUGAUUUGUCACUAGACAUUAGGAAA